AUGGGGCUUUCGUCUCCGUUGGAGGAAGAGUUUAGAAUUUCAGACCUGAGGAGACAGAGGAAUGGGGUGCUGAAUAGACUGUCUGGAAUCCAACCAUUUUUUGUGAGGAGCUGCAGCCCUAUAGAAUGGGUGACAGUGUCUUUUGGGAGUACAGGAAUCCUGGCAAUAGAUACCCCUCAUCCCAGGAGUUCUGCUCUGCAUCAUCUCACCAAGCAGCUAUUACAGAAAUAUCACAAGGAAGUGAGGCCAGUUCACAACUGGACCCAGGCCACCACAGUAUACCUGGAUGUGUUUGUCCGCGCUGUGUUGGAUGUGGAUGCACAGAAUCAAAAAUUAAAGACAAGUGUAUGGUAUCGUGAGGUUUGGGAUGAUGAGUUUUUAUCCUGGAACUCCAGCAUGUUUGAUGAGAUUAGAGAGAUCUCCCUACCUCUAAGUGCCGUCUGGGCUCCUGAUAUCAUCAUAAAUGAGUUUGUGGACAUUGAAAGAUCACCUGAUCUUCCCUAUGUUUACGUGAACUCAUCUGGGACCAUUAAGCACUCUAAGCCCAUCCAACUUGUCUCUGCAUGCAGUUUAGACACAUACGCUUUUCCAUUCGAUAUCCAGAAUUGCAGCCUAACCUUCAAUAGCAUUCUGCACACAGUGGAAGAUGUAGACCUGGCCUUCCUGAGAAGCAGAGAAGACAUUACACAUGACCAAAAAGCAUUUUUGAAUGACAGUGAGUGGGAACUUCUUUCUGUGUCCUCAACAUACAACAUCCUGCAGAGCAGCGCUGGAAACUUUGCACAGAUUCAGUUUAAUGUGGUGAUUCGUAGGCGCCCACUGGUCUAUGUUGUGAACCUGCUGAUUCCCAGCAUCUUCCUAAUGCUCGUGGACCUGGGGAGCUUCUAUCUCCCGCCCACCUGCCAUGCCAGGAUUGUGUUCAAGAGCAGCGUGCUGGUGGGCUACACCGUCUUCAGGGUCAACAUGUCUGAUGAGGUGCCGAAGAGCACAGUGAGCACCCCUCUGAUUGGGGUCUUCUUCACAGUCUGCAUGGCCUUCUUGGUUCUCAGCUUAUCCAAGUCCAUCCUGUUGGUCAAAUUCCUCCAUGAUGAGCAGUGCAGCCGGCGGCAGUGGACCCUCUUGUGCCUUCGAGGGGACACCGAUGAGGAAGGGCCUAGAAUGGAUCCCUGGGCCCAGCUCGCUGGGGUAACAGAGCCCCCCAUCUGUCAAGAGCACCAGGCCCAGCCAGGGACCCUGAGGGAAGUCUGGUCCCAGCUUCAGUCUAUCAGCAGCUACUUGCAGACCGAGGACCAGGCGGACCGACAGGAGGCUGGGUGGCUGGCCCUCCUGGAACGCUUUGACCGACUGCUCUUCCAAAGCUAUCUCGUUGUGCUGGGGUUCUACACCAUCACCCUGUGUUCCCUCUGGGUGCUGUGGAGUGGCUCAUGAAGACCCAAGUUUGCUGGUCUCCAUCAAUGUGUUUGCAUGGCACUUGGGGAAGGCUGAAAAGUUUUUAUGGGGAUAUUGGAAGGGGACAAAUGAUGGGGUAAAAAGUUCUCCAGCCCCCGUUGCCUCUUUUCAUUCAGCCCAGGGAUGCACAUCAUCUAAUUUGCUAUUGAAUGACCCAGGAGUAAUGCAUUCAUGAUGAAAAUGCAUAAACAGUACAAGGUAUCCAGUGAAAAGUAAUCCUGCCCUCUUACCCAGUUCACUCCCCAGAAGUAACCACCGUUAGCAACCUCUUUCAGAAAAUUUCUAGCACAUGCGAGCAUACAUGUGUGUUUAAACGGUUUUUUAAAAGGUAUAAGAGCACUCCAUCUCCCAGUCCUCUCUUGGUCACUUAUUCAGUCAGUCAUUCAACAAAACUUGUAUUGAGUGUUGAUUAAGUCCUAGGCCUUGUGUUAGGCACACCAGAGAGUACAAAAUAAGUCAGUUUCAGAUCAUUCUUCACUUGACUUGAUCCUUGAGGAACCUUGUUCCAACCAGAACACAAAGUUCCCACCUUAUCUGUAUCCUGGAGUUCUUGUUCCCUUCAUCCCAGGUGAGUCUAUCUUCCCCCGUGCCUUCUCAGCAGUGCAUUCCUAU